AUGGCAUCGACUCUACCGCCACCGACUGGCUCUCUCAUCUCUGGACUUGUCUUCGAAGACAAGCCUUACGACGUAACCAGAGACGAUCCUCUAAGGGUGUUUCAGCAGAAUGUCUCUCGCGUUCGUGCAUACGUCGAGAAAAGACUGGCAGAUUUUGACGGACUUGGUACUCUUGUUGAGCUCAAGCUCGGGGACGGAUCACAGUACUUGAGUCCCCCUAUCUUCAUUGAUUCCACAUCAACGAGUGCAGCACUGCUCGACAACAUCCCAGAUCAUGUUCGACCUGGAGUCACGGUAACUAUCAUGCCCGAGUACAUCCUCGAUGUCAUUGAAGGCCGCAUGCAUGCAGUGCACGCCUUUGGCAAGCGCGCGAAGCCUCCGUGUCGUGGGAGCUUCCCAAUGUGCUUUGCUCCGGGCGGACGUCCUCAGCCUGUUGUCAACGCGGAUAAGCUGGGUCCUCAAGACCUACCAAAACCCACUGAGGACGUUCAGCAGAUUAAACGCGAUCUUCAGAAAUGGGGAUACGCAAUGGUGAAGGAUGCUCUUUCGGCGGAUCAGGUUGAGAUUCUCAAAACUGCUGUUGAAGAACAAGCAGCUGGCGAACGGUUGGCCGGUGUAGCUCAUAUGGACGGUGCCCAUGUGCAUGCUGACGAUCAACCGAAUCAACGAGUCUGGAGUCUUCCCAACAAAGGCGAUGAAUUUUUGGAUCUUUUGAAUCAUCCUCUUAUCGACGCAAUUAUGCCCUGGUUCCUAGGUAAUGCGUUCAAGCUCCAUUCUAUGGGUGCCAACAUUGCCCGACCUGCAAAGUCUGGUAUCUAUAUGCAUCGUGAUCAGAUGGGACUCACUCCCGAAACAAUCGAUCACCCUUACCUUCUGAAUGCUAUGUGGUAUUUGGUGGAUGUUACGGAAGAGAGAGGCGCCACCCGUAUGUAUCCCGGGUCUCACAACAAGAAUGUCGCGCCGCUUGUUAUUGACCAAGUUGGCGGAUCCGUUCCGGCGGCAGCUCCCGCUGGAACAUGUGUGCUCUUGGACAGCCGAACCUGGCACUCGACUGGCGUGAACACAUCGGAUGUGACACGACCCAUCAUUCUGUCAGCAUUCUGCCGCUUCUUUUUGCAGGCCAUGGAGAGCUACCCGGAGCUCAUGAGCGCGGAGACCAAGGCAAAAUUGUCUGACAGACAAUUGGGGCUCUUGGGAUUCCGCGUUCCGGGAAAGCGGGCGCAAGCGUACACUGCGUAUAAUUACCCAGGGGCGGAUUUUGGAAAGUCAAGGGCAUCAGCAGAUGUUGCAUGGCUCCCCAACAAUACCAACGGGAAAUCUUAG